GUAAGAGUGGUAAGGGUCAUUCCUUGACUUGUGUGAACUCAGUUUGCUUUCGCCGAGCUACGAUCGCACAUCAUGAAGUUCACAGAUUCCAGUUUGGUACCUAGCGCGAGGCUAGCGCAAGGAAUAGGAAGAACACUAUUCGUAUUAUUAUUUCUAAGCGCUGAGAGUAUCGCGCAAAAUUUGUUCAAAUCUGGAAAAGAAUACACAUAUUCUUACAACGUUACGUCGAGCACUGGUGUGUUGAUGCCUUCCAACGCAGCUUCCUCGUGGUAUCUUAAUGGAAAACUCGUAAUUCAGGCGGAAGAUGAUUAUGUCACAGUACAGUUGCAAUCAUUGAAGACGAGCAUGCAUAAUGGAAAUGUAAAGGAGGUAGUAGAAGAUAUCGAUAUCUACGAUGACGCUUUAGAACUUUUGAAACCUUUCCGUUUAUCGUACAACAAAGGACUCAUCGAGAAUUUCAGCACCGAGGCUGAGCCUGCGUGGACGACGAACAUAAAACGGAGCAUAGCUGGAAUUUUGCAAUUGGAUCUUCUUAAUUUGGAAAAGAAGGUCGCGUUUCAGUCUAGCGAAAUAAACCAUUACGGAAAGUGUGAUAUCGAUUACGUCGUAAAUCCGGAAGGCGACGGUCAGCGUUUGAUAAGGAAAUCGUUAGAUCCUCGGACGUGUACUGGGCAUCCAGGUCGCUACUGGUCGAACGUUCCUAAAGUACAAUGCACUGACGAGGAUCAAAAUCCCAUCUUGAAAAGUAGCGAGAGAAUAUAUCAAUUGAAGACCGACGGAUUCGUCAACGAUAUCAUCUCCGUCAAUGCAUCCGGAGGUAUCUACGUGCAACCUUUUCAAAGCAUGGGAGAGGCGCACUAUCAUUUCGUUCGACAAACUAUUGAGUUAUCCUCAGUGAAGGACAUAACGAACAAGAUAGUUACAAAUAAUUUACAAACUACGGCGCUUCAACACGAGCUACCAGAAUCAGAUCUCACACAGGGCAGAGGCACACCGGAUAAAAAUUUUGUUUUAAAAUCUAUAAGUCGUUUAUUAGAUCGUUUAAGCCACAGGCUCGAAAAUCCUGGCUUGGACACCGAAAUCAAUAAUCUGCACAACACAACGAUAUCCGUGCUUUUAUAUUAUCUCGAUAUGUUAGAUCGGGUCGAUCUAGAAAAGGCCUACGCUCGCAUCUCGGGAACUAGUUAUAAAGAGGAAACGAUUCGAAACAUGUUCCUCGAGGCGCUGCCGCAAGUCGGAAGCAGCGAAUCUGCGCUUUUCAUAUUGGAUCUUAUUCAGAGCAGCAAGGUGGCCGACGUAUCCGCGAUUCAGUUACUCAUGCGGCUACCGUUUCACAUAAGAAAGCCCGACGUUCAACUCCUGGCCAGCCUCCAGCCGCUUCUCACGCUGCCGAGCGCGAUCAGCGCGGAGGUGCAAAAUACCGCGAUUCUCACUUACGGAACGUUAAUAUACAAAACUUGCCUGGUGCACUGCCCGUACGAGACGUUGGACGAUUACAUACGCCUGUAUCUCGACAAAUUUACCGAAUCCACCCGAUACGAGCAGAAGGUGAUCUGGCUGGAAGGUCUGGCGAACAUACAGCUGGGUAGAGUCAUUGAGUUCUUAGAGCCCAUAGCUAGCGGCAACAAUGCUGAAUCGCGGAAUUUUCGAGCACUCGCGGCUUGGGCCUCCAUUCCCACUGCGCCACUGAGGCCCGACGUUAUUUAUCCUGUGUACUGGCCGAUCUUGCUCAACAGAACCGAGCAUUUGGAAAUGAGGGUCGCCGCAUUAACGUUGCUUAUUGUCUCCAGCCCCACGCCGAGCAGAUUGAUAUCUCUGUAUUGGUACAUGCAAAACGAGCCCAGUCAACACUUGUAUAAUUAUUUUUAUACGAUGCUAAAAUCUAUGGAACGCACCACCUACCCCUGUUAUAGACGCAUAGGCAGAAUCGCGGCUCAAUUCAGUCGCGUUCUUCGGGUACCGAAUAAUGAGUAUCUGAUUACUGGUAAUUACUUGGUCGACUAUCAAGAUUCCUUGAGACGAUUCGGCGCUAUGUUGCACGGCAUUAUCGUAGCCAACCCUUCUACAAAUAUUCCUGAAGUAAUAUACGUGACUUUAAAUAAUUACGCUAGUGGAGUGCACUUUAAUCAUGUGUCUUUGUAUAUCAAAGCGGAAGGUAUUUUUCACUCAUUAGCGACUUCCUUCGAAAAUCCGACGAACAUAAAAGAUAUUCUGAAGGAAUUCAAAUUGGACGAGCGCAGGCAAGGCCCUGUGCAUUUGGAAGUAAUUGCGCGAAUUCAGGAAAAGACAGUGCUGUGCGUUCACUGGAAUGAAACAAACAUAGUUGAGGGAUUGAAGUACUUGUCCUCUUUGUCGGACAACCUAUACCAAACGUAUUAUAACAUGGAGUUUCACAUUAAUCAACAACGUAUAAAUGUGCCGUUGUCGUUAGAAUCGGUGCAAGUGACCGAUUUCGGUACGAAUGUUAGACUCGCGAUGACGGGAACGUCCUUGUUUUCAAUGAGAGGCAAUUUCACACGCGACUUUCCCGGACGAAGUAAUCAUAUUAUUUUGCGCACAUCUGUUCACGGCAUUGAAACGAUAGAGAAUUAUAAUCCGCUGGUCGAUUUGUGGCAUAGCGCUGAAAGAGUUCAGUCGCUGCACGGAUAUUUUCCUAUUAACGUCACACUUGGAUUAGACGAACGGCCGUUUAUUUCAUACGACACUCUAGGCUACCUUAAGACGGGAAUUACAGUACACGCUAAAACGCUCACGAGCAUUAGAGGUGCCAAUGUUCGAUCGAAGUUGGAUCGAAUUUGUCGUUCGUGCUCUGUAUCGCACACAGUUGUAAAGUCACCGUCCUCUAAUCCGCAGACGGUGAAUAUUCUUGACGUUGGACUUCCCGAAUUAGAUGGUCGGCUACAAGUAAAGAUAUUCGAUUGCGAAAGCAUGAUAUCGCAUGAAACAUUAAUUAAUGAUAUUUGGUCCUCUCAUCGAAGCAAUUAUCAAACGUGGCCAAGUAUAAAAUUUGCCUUAAUCGGACUGCACUUCUUGGAUUACUUUACUUACGUACCACCAAAGGGUAGCUGCGGAUUAACUGCUUAUAUCGAGGCACUCAAGUCUGGACCAUCACAGACGAGAUUGGAAUACCUGAAGAGUGAAAAUCGUCAUAUUUUAUCUUUGACACACCACGACCUGCAGUCCUCACAAGUUCUUCAUCAAUGGAAUCUAGCUGCAUUAUACGAAACCACUAGCUGGUUAUCGGAUACGAUUAAAUUGAAAGCAACCAAGAUUGUGCCUGGUGAACGCAUACUUAAGUUAUGCGUAGAGGCCGAAAGACACGUGCCGUGGCCAUGGGAGAUUUUGAGUAACGAACCGAGUGACUCAUCUCGCAUUAAGUUAAAUAUCGUUUGGGGGCUGUCCGAUAACGCGAAGGGGAAAUGCAGCGGAUCUUCCAUAUCGAUGAACUUAAUUGGCGAAGUUAGCAGCAAGCAGCUCGAGGAAAGUAAAAGGACGAGCUGGCCUUACGGCGAGUGCAAAAAAGAAUCUGCGGGCAAGAGAGUCGUUCCUUACACGAAUUCUUGUUACGAAGUAUCGAAAGAAUUGUCGACCUUGCGAAGAUACAAGAUCUCUGCACAAUAUGAAAACCUACCAGAGAGUUUGUCGAAGCUGGUCUGGAAAAUGCACGCCUUAUAUGAUCUUAUUGGUGGAAACAGCAGUGCUGCAAGAAAAUCCAACGAGCUUGCGAUAACCGCGAUUUUUCCGAAGGACUCAAAUGUCGGCGAAUUGCAACUUAACGGGGACAAAGUUGCGAUCGAAUACAAUUCGCAUUACAUCGAUCUUUUUUUGACACGGACGAGAAUUCACAAGUACAUGGAAAUACCUGUAUUCAGAAUGUUUUCCAGCGCGUGUAUUAUAACGUCAGAUUCCAUAAAAUCGGCGUACAACACGGUUUACAGCUUUGCUAAAAAUAGCGAAGUGAUAUUACUCGGACAAUGUUACGACGAAAAUCCUAGACUCGCGUUAACGGCGUCCAACGGUGUGUACGGGAUCAACGUCAAUUUAACCGACGAAUCAGGAACUACAUGGAUUACGGCUGGCAAGGACAGAGGAACCCUAUACAACGCUACGUCACACAUACAAUUGCAAUCUCAUUACGCAUUUCAUACACUAGGAACUAAAAAGAUUAAAAUGGGCGACAAGACAAUCAAUAUUUUGCUACCUAAUAUUUUUCUGUAUAUACACUGGACGCAGGAACAGGUUCUACUCUUUUUCCCCAACCACGUGCUAGAAUUUAGUUGUGGAAUAUGCACACUCGACCAUCCCAACGUCGACAGAUUGUAUGAAAAAAUUAAUAAUUAAUUUACCCUAAUUUACUCUGUAAAAGAUGUAUAUAUAAUAAUGCAAAUAAUGCACAUAUUAAUGAUAUCGCAAGAUAACAAUUUUAUAUUCAUUUUUAAUAUACGCUUUAAUGUGUAUAUCUGAUAAAUAGUACAGUACAAAAAAGGUAUCUAUAUAAUUACAUAAUUAGAGCUCGGAUUUUCGGCUCGUAUUUUUUGUUGAUCAAUCAAAUGAUAUCUGAAAUUUCCUUAUUAUGCAUCAAUCAGUCAAAUGAUUAAUAAUCUAACUGCCAAUGAGCCAAAUGCCGAAUGAUGUAAGCCGAACAUCUGAACGAUUCGUUACAUAAUCAUUCUAUUAUAUUCUAUUGUUUUUUUUCCGUAAUAAAAUACAAACAUUAGGAAAUAAUAAGCAGCUGUAUUAGUUUUAAGUGACUAAAUGAUUAAAGCUCUAGAUUUUAACUGAUUAUAGCCUUA